CCGGGUCCUGAGGGAGCCGCCACCCUCGCUCUCGGCCCGCCACCCGCCGCGCUCCGCGCCCGCGAGACCCCUCCCGCCUCCCACCCGGACUCUCCGCCCUUCGCCACCUUCCUGGUCGGCCCCACACUCCUCACACACGCACCCCUCAGUCCCACACCCCGGGGUUGGCCGAUCCUCCUUCCCACCCCGCCCCUAGGCUCCUCAGCUCGCUAGCGGCCCUUCCCCCAACCGCGCCCAGACCGACGCUGAGCUGCGCCAAUCAACGCGCGGCACUGAUGGCUACGAGUUCACAGGACAAUCUUCUUUCUGAAUCCAAGGAGUGUGUCCUUAAUAAUUCUGGGCCACUUGUGACCCCUCGGAAGCAUGUAGCAGAUGUGACUCCUAAUUUUCGCACCCCCGAUACCUUUAAGUCACCUUUGGACUUCUCCACAGUAACCGUAGAGCAGUUGGGAAUUACACCUGAAAGCUUUGUUAAGACUUCUUCCGGAAAGAAGCCAUCAUCUUCCCUUCAGAAGAUCAGGCGCCGUUCCACUGUUGGUGUGCGGGGCUCCCCAGAAACAAACUGCCUGAUCCGCUUCAUUGCUCAGCAGCGAAACCUAAAGAAUGCCACGAGAUCUCCACUGGCUUACGAGCCCCACUUAAAGGGUAGCCCAAGACUGAAUCGAAAUGCCAGUAUUUUAAGAGAACGAAUGUCUGCUUUUCAGUCAGCUUUUCACUCCAUACAGGAAACUGAGGAGAUGGCUGACGGUCCCUCAGUAUCAGAGGCAGACAGCAUCUCUAGGAUAUCAGAUUUGACCAAAAAAGGUCUUAUUGAGUAUCAGCAGUCUGGGUUCCCUGUAAACUCCUCUUCAAAACGGAGGAGACUAUCCUCCCAGGACAGCCCCGAUGAUUAUCUCAGAGGCACCAAAAUGUUUGCUGACAGAGCGUAUGCUGGGGGCACCUCCACAGAACUUGCUGAGAAGUCAUCUGAAAUCGGUUCGGCCCAGCCUGGAUGCAUGGCUGCUCCCUUUCCAGACCUGAGGGAGGCUUCCCAGAGACUUGCAGUGACUGACUGUGUAGAGGGCACAAGAUUAGUUGAUGCUGUUCCACUUGAUACACCUGCAACACCACUGAGCUCAGGCACAGCCACUGCCACCAGGUCUCCAGCGACUCCUGUGUGCGGGAGCAGCAGCCCCUCCGCUAAGACCUUUGUGCUUCGUUCUGUGUUGAAGAAACCUGGUAAGCCGUUCUCAGAGAAUGAAAAGGAAUGCAACCUCUGUGAUGAUGGGGCUCACCUGAUCCCACUUCCUUCAAGCUGUUGCAAAGAAGGAAGAGCAGAUAGAGAAAACUGUAAAACAGCAGGCUGUCUGAGUCUGAAGAAGAGGAAGAGAGUUACUUUUGGAGAGGACUUAAGCCCUGAAGUGUUUGAUGAAUCUUUACCAGCCAAUACUCCAUUGUGUAAAGGAGGAACACCCGUUCGUCCAAGGAUUGUAAGAGCUACCAGUCCCCUAAAGUCCUCAGCUUAUGAGCAGUUCCUUCAGCCAAACUUUGAUGACAAGGAGGAGAAUCUCGAAAACAUAGAACCACCUCAAAGAUCAUUUGCAAUUCUGAGUCCUAGUAAAUCCUCAUUCUCUGAGACUCCUCCAGGCACUAACACUUGCAGUUCUUUAACUACAGAUGAAGAGAUAACCUGCAGUAUUGGUAGACCUACUCGGACUUCUCAAAGAAGAAAGCAGAUGCUGAGUUCUGCAGGGAAGGGUGUUUGCAACUCAUAUACUGCACAAGCUGAGCCAUGUAAAGAGAAGAGGAACGGGAGGAAAUCUGAAGAACAAAAGCAUACAAGCAAAGCACUUCCUAAAAAGAAACAGGUUUUAAAAAGUUACAGAAAAAAGAAAAGAAAGGGGAAAAAAGGUGCUGAGAAAUGCUUAUAUGGGCAAAGAAUCAUCGUAUCUAAAAAGCCACUCCUGAGCCCUAUUCCUGAGCUGCCUGAAGUCUCUGAAGCAACACUUCUGGCUGACUGCACACAGAGGACGUGCCCAGAUGAUUUCAACAUACGUGAUGAGCUGGAAGAAGUGAACUCUUUUGAAAUUCCCACAAAAAGGAAGAGAUGCUUGCCACAGAAGGAAGAUGCGCCUGAGCUGUAUCCAGCUCAUGAUCACUCUCAUGUCUCUGAUGUGAACUGCUACUUGUUGCCUCUCACUACUGCUUCUGAGGGAGGGCCAAAUGCCAAUACCAGAGACACGGGCAUUGAAGGGAACACUAAAGUGGAGAGUAUGUGUCAAAGUGCAAAGGAGCCAAAAACUGGGAGCAAGACUGAAAGCAGUCUUGUGCCUUGUGCUUCUGUGACUGAAGGUCACACCAUGUCUAAUAAUCCUCUGGACAGCCCUCAGAGCCAGGAUUCUUUCACGGCUGGUGAAAAUUUGGAAAAUCCUUGGGAGAUCCUUACAGUUUCCGAGAGUAUGAAUAUAAAGUGUGAGAAAGAUGGUGAAUGGCCAGCUCCACAGGGGAAUCUACAGGGCAGCCCUUUCUCAACUGACUCAAGAAGAGAACGGAACUGUUCAGAAGGUGUCCUCGGUGAAAGCACAAAAGACCCCACAAGCCACAGCAAGAGUUCGGGAAGGAAAUGUGCAGAAAACGGAAGCACUGCCAGUGAGAGAGAGAGGAAAUGGAGAAGACACACUAUGUGUUGUGAGGGUCAGAGUUCAUACCUGGAACAAAACAGGAAGCCUGCAUCUUCCUGCAGUGGAGAAAAUUCUGUAGAAAUUAGUUUAGAAAAUCUCCAGCUGAUUAAAGAGCUGUCUGAUACCAUAGAGUCAAGCUUUCAGAGAACAAGCAGUAAAACCAAAGUGAGGCGCAGCACAAGGCUCCAGAAAGACUUGGAAAAUACAGGACUUGUAUGGCUGUCUCCAAGUCCUUCCACUUUCCAGAAACCCAAAAGGAGAAUGACAGUUUGUACCUUAGACAGCAGGGCAUUUGAAAGUACAUCCUCCAAAGAAGAGGCUGUAUCCUCCGGACAAAACCCAGGGCCCCUGCCGUCAGUGUCAGGCAGUGAGAGCCAGGCUGCUGCGUCUUCCAAGCUGCCUAGGAAGAGGAGGAAAAGCUUUUGCGGGUCUGCCCUCCCAGAUGCUAGCUGUACCACUCAGCCACCAGACUUCAAGAGAAAACCCUUUCUCAAGGGAGAAAGCUCUCAGCUGCCCUGAGGGACUGGGCCCAGGAGAACAAAGGCAGGAAAGGACAAUCCCACCUGGCCUUGGCUCUCAGGGAAGUGAACCCAUCUUCCUGUCUGCCUCUUCAUCCCUACUCACACUUCAGUGCAUUGCACAUUUCUAAUAAAAAUCGUUUGAGUUAUGACGACUUUAAGUAGAAAUAAGUGAAUUUCUUAUCUUCUCCCUUAAAUAUAUUUGUUUGUCUUUUUGUUUUGCCUUUAUUUUGUUAAAGCAUUUGUUUCUAGAUCCAACAAUGUGUUUCUGCAGUUUUAUUCCUUUUAAGCACACAUUUACUACUAAAGGCUUAGGCUGCUCUGGAAAACAUCCUUUAGAAUGACUUAUUCUUUUCUUUGGGCUAAAUUGACCAGCUUUGAUGACUUCAUUGUCUGCCUCAAAUCAGAGUUUUCCUUUGCUAAUUAAGUGAAAAUGAGGCCUUGUAUUGAAAUUUUAAUUCAUUGACUGGAACUCUAUAGAUAAACUAUUGUAAAUGAAUAUGUAAUUAAAAACAACUGCA